GGCCUGCUGAGUGGCGGCCUGUGCCUGAUUUCCAUCUGGUUGGUCGAUGGUUCCUUUAUUCCUCAAAUCCUGCAGCAGAGGUAGGAGUCCGGGUCCCUGCAGGCUCCUCCAUAUUCCUGAAGCAGAGAAGGUAGAGACUCAGCUCUGGGCCUGAGUGUCCUGGCUCUGUCCUGGCUCACACUGCUGCUGGACCACUGAGGCCUCACCCACUGUUGUCAGAGGCCCUCAGAGCCAACCUCUGAGGAGCUGAGCAUGACCCGGGAUGAGGCACUGCCGGACUCUCACUCCGCACAGGGCUUCUAUGAGAAUUAUGAGCCCAAGGAGAUUCUGGGCAGGGGAGUUAGCAGUGUGGUCAGGCGCUGCAUCCACAAGCCCACAAGCCAGGAGUACGCCGUGAAGAUCAUCGACACCACCGGUGGAGGCAGCUUCAGCGCCGAGGAGACGCAGGAGGUGAGAGAAGCCACGCUGAAGGAGGUGGACAUCCUGCGCAAGGUCUCCGGGCACCCCAACAUCAUACAGCUGAAGGACACUUAUGAGACCAACACUUUCUUCUUCUUGGUGUUUGACCUGAUGAAGAGAGGGGAGCUCUUUGACUACCUCACUGAGAAGGUCACCUUGAGUGAGAAAGAAACGAGGAAGAUCAUGAGAGCCCUGCUGGAGGUGAUCUGCACCUUGCACAAGCUCAACAUCGUGCAUCGGGAUCUGAAGCCCGAGAACAUCCUUUUGGAUGAUGACAUGAACAUCAAGCUCACAGACUUUGGCUUCUCCUGCCAGCUGGAGCCUGGGAAGAAGCUGCGAGAGGUCUGUGGGACCCCCAGCUACCUGGCCCCUGAGAUCAUUGAGUGCUCCAUGAAUGAUGACCAUCCGGGCUACGGGAAGGAGGUGGACAUGUGGAGCACAGGGGUCAUCAUGUACACCCUGCUGGCUGGCUCCCCGCCCUUCUGGCACCGGAAGCAGAUGCUGAUGCUGAGGAUGAUCAUGAGUGGCAACUACCAGUUCGGCUCGCCUGAAUGGGAUGACUACUCGGACACCGUGAAAGACCUGGUUUCUCGCUUCCUGGUGGUGCGCCCUGAGGGCCGCUGCACGGCUGAGGAGGCCUUAGCACACCCCUUCUUCCAGCAGUACGUGGUGGAGGAGGUGCGACACUUCAGCCCGCGGGGCAAGUUCAAGGUGAUCGCUCUAACGGUGCUGGCGUCAGUGCGGAUCUACUACCAGUACCGCCGGGUGAAGCCAGUGACAAGGGAGAUAGUCAUCCGGGACCCCUACGCCCUGAAGCCUCUGCGCCGGCUCAUCGACGCCUAUGCUUUCCGCAUCUACGGGCACUGGGUGAAGAAGGGGCAGCAGCAGAACCGGGCUGCCCUCUUCGAGAACACACCCAAGGCCGUGCUGCUGUCCCUGGUUGAGGAGGACUACUGAGGAGCUGGCAGGCGGGGGAGGGCGGGGGACUGGCGGGGAGGGGAACCACAAAUGCCAGGCAGGGCAGCAAGCCAAGGGUGGGCCUCUGUGCAGGUGCAGCACUUGGCCCUGGCCAAGAAUUUCUGUCCCUGGAAUCGAAGCUACUGUCCCCUCUCAAAGGCCUUGCACCAGGACUGGGUGUCCCAUCACACAGUGACAAAUGCAGUCUGGGCCAGGUCCUGGCAGUGAGGAGGGAGACCAUGCUUGGUUCGAGAACUGGCAGCCCUCCUGCUCCUCCACUACCCGAUGUGCUGCCAUCUCAGUUACUGUUCUCAGAAGGCCCAGAGUUAACGAUGGAGUUAGAGGCCCACCAUGAGGAUAAGACAGCGAAAUGCCUGGGGUAUACAAGCACGGGACUUUCACUCACCUCACUGAUGACACUCAGUGACACCAUGGGCGGUUACUCUCCAGGGACAUGUUUUCAGAAGCACACAGAAGCCCUGACAUUCUUAAUAGAGAAGAAGCUUCUGAUAUUUGUCUUUCUGGAGUAUUAUUUACUUUGUGACUCCUACAAUGCAUAGGUCCACCUGGUAAAUCUUGUCUUCUUUCUUAAUUACCAGAGGGUGCAUGCACUUGCGAGAGAGAGAGAGAAGCACUACGCCCUGCCGCCGGCCAUGGGGUGUGGUCAUGCUGUGAUCACAUCUCCUCCACUUCUUGGUCCCACAGGGAUUUGGGGCACACACAUGCAACAAUGUUUUUCAAACCAUGGCGAUCAGGAUUCA